AUGUCGUCUUCAUUUGGAAAAGUUGUCACUUAUUAUUUCGCUAUAGUAUCAUUUUUUUCUGCAGUUUUUUUAGCAAUUGUUGGUCUUAUGCUAUUACGUGACUCCGAAUCAAUAGAACUUCAUGGAAAAAUAUCUGAAAAAGUUAAACCAUCUUUCAUUGGUGCGGGGAUUUAUUUUUGCAUAUUAAUAAUAAGUAUCAUUAUGAUAAUUAGCAGCAAUAAAAAAUCAAAAUGUUUUCAAAAUAAAAGCAAUUAA